AAAAAAGGAUCUUAACAUUUCAGAGAAAACAGCACAUCAUUUUAAAUGCAACUUUAAGGUUUCUCUCACUGUGAAUAAGAAAUGCGAAAGUAACAUACCACUGAAAUUUUCUGAGGCAGUAUUUUUUGAUAACUGUCCUGAAAAUUUUAUGUUUCGAGCUCCUGAUUCUAUUUGCCAAAAUUGGAAUGCUACUUCAGUGAUUAUUGGUAAUUCAUUAAAGAAGAGUAUAUCUAUAAUUUUUGAACCUCAUUGUGGAUUUGAAUCAUGUUUCCAAACAUUUGAAAUUUAUUUAUACAAACUUUAUUCUGAUAAGUGCCAACCAUUCAAUGGACUACUGAUAGAUACAUUUGAAGUUGCUGCUGUAUAUAAUCAGAAAGCAAUGGCAGUUUUUGAAAACCUGAGAAAUGGUUGUUAUGCUGUGCUGAGUGUUCCAUGUACAUUAGAUAUGUGUUUUGGAGAAUGGUCCAUAGGUUUUGAUAAAACCAUUUACAUAAGUAUCAAAGAUCAUGAAGAAAAUAUUAAUAGAACAACUAUUGAAAAGCUGACUGAUCAUGAAAAAUUAAUUUUUCCAGUCAUUUCUAGUGUUUUUGUUAUCAUAGUGCUAUCUGGAUUUGUGUUAUUGCUUCACAGAAAAUUCAAACAAAGUGUUUCAAAGAAAAAAUAUGAGAGUGUGGAAGUUGGAAAAGCAUGAAUUUUCUGAAGUGUGUCUG